AAAUGAUUAAAAAAAACAAGGACACAUCAGUGUACAAGAUAGGGGAUGAAGUUCUGGUGAGGGUUCAUGGAAAAGAUACCAGAGUCAAACGAGGUGGGCCCAAAAAAGGGAUGAAAAAAUGCAAGGAAGGAACUAUUGUCGAAAUAGAUUCCCAGAACUCCCAAUUCAAGGUUGCCUAUCCGAACAAGCAUGUGCAGUGGGAGCAGGUGUGUGACAUUACUUCUCGGACAAGAAAAGAAGAGAAGAGGAGAAGAAUGAGGACAUAUGAAGAUGCUCUGCCAGAUGCAAGAGAAGAGGGUAGAAAGCCACUCAAAAGGGGAAAAACACAGGAUGAAAAAGGAAAGGGAGAACAACAGGCUCAAACCAAGAGGAGAGACAAUGUAGAAACAAAAGGCAGGACGCAAGAAGACGCCAACUAUGAAAGAACUGGAGAUGGAGGCCUCAUUCUAUGACCUUGACAUUGUGGACAAUGAAGGGGCUGGUAACUGCAUGUUUAUUGCAUUGGUUCAACAGCUUCAAAUACAUGACAUUGACAUAAUCAGCCAUAAACAUCUGCGAGAAAAGGUUGUGCAAUAUGUGCAGGGCAAGCGGUGUCUGUUCAAGGACUUCGUGGAUAAAAACCAUUAUCCAACAUUCAGAGACUAUAUCAUCAAGAUGAAGAUGUUGGGGGAAUGGGGAGACAACAUCAUUCUGCAGGCAACAGCUGACCUCUAUAAGGUGACCAUCAGGAUCAUUACAACAAUUGCAAAUAAGCCUACAUUCAUUCGUCCAGCUGAAUACCGAGGAGACAUGCCAGUACUAAGCAUAGGCCACUUGUGGGAGCUGCAUUAUGUGACACUCAUACCAAUGUCCACAGAAGGAGAGAAAGAGACGGAAGCAGCUAAUGACACCAAAAUGGACACAGAAGAUGAAUCAGAUUCAGAUUCCAAGUAUGCAAUCAACACUGCUGUAUGGGAACACAAGUGAGGAACAACUUCAAAGGCAUGAUGAGUUUGUCAGCGGCUUCCCAACACCAGACCGAAGAGUCAAUUUUGCAGAGGGAUAUCUGUCUCAAUAUGUAUGUACCUUCUCAAAUGUGACAGUUGCCUCAUAUAUUAUUUUUAACAAACAUCCUUCCAAUCAUUGCUCAUGAAAACGUUACAUGAAAAUUUGUGAGCUAUUUCAAUGCAAGACCAUGCUUUAAGGAUUGUGUACAUGAUAACUUACAGCCCUGUCAUUUGGGACUCCUUGAAGGAUCUGGUGGAAUAGGAGAGCUAAUGUUGUCUUCGGGGAUAUUCUCAUGUAUAUAUAUUCUGGCAGCUUAUUGAUUCCUACAAUCGAUACCACCUCAAUUUCAAAGGAAUAUCAGUCAAGCUGUCCAUUCUUUUGAUAUAUAAAAAUGGGUUCAAUCUGUCAUUGUAUUCUGUUGAGAACAGUGCACAGAUUAUUGAACAAAUACCCACCUGAAGGUUUUUGGUUACACCUACUGAGAAAGCAUUACUACUUCCAUCACCAAAACGAGACUUGGUAAACUACAAUAACAUGAAAUUUCAUGUAGGUAAGAAGAUACUAUGACAAUGCAUUGAGAUAACCUGUCAGAUAGUUUUAAGAGUGAAUAAUUCAUUAUAGGUACUUUAGUACAUUCAGGUUUGGAAACUGUGGCAUAAUAAGAAUUGUUUUCCUAUGAAUAACACUGUAGACAUAGAAGGAAGUAAUCAACCAGUGUGAGAGCAUGGAAGUCAUACUGCAUACUGCAUUAAGUAUAUGUUUUGUCUGACUUCUAGUAACGUCUGUACCAUUUUUAUUUAGAUAAUUUAGUUCAUGCAAUUACUAGGUUAAUUGGAAUUGGACCUUCUUGUUGGAUCUGUUCCUGUAGUAGCCAUGUGCUCAGGUCCCUGCCCAUCUGUUUCUUUAUGCAUAUGAAUCAGAACUUCUGCUCGGAUUGGCAAAAUAAAAAACACAGGAAUUCAGUCAAGAAUUUUGACUUUAGAUUCCUGUAUAUCAAUGAUCUGAAAUUGUUCAAUAAUGUAAGUAACCAUUCCCUUCCACUGAACUGGAAAUAAAAGAGACUAGUACAUCUGUUUUAUAUUUUGGUCUAUGCAUAAGGAUUCAGAGUGACAGUAAAGUAUACACAAGGCUAGAACAAAUAGGGUGACGUCAACUUUCUAGUACUCAACUAUGCUUUUAUGUCUGACAAUUUUCAAACAGCUACAGCCUUUUAAGGUACAAUUGAGCGUGCUCUUUCUACAAAGUUUUUCAAAGAGUGCCAUACAACUCUUGCUUCAAACUUGUUUGAUCAAGGCUACAAUAUUCAAGGCCUCAGCAAGCUUUCAAAACAUGUAAUGGUAGAAGCGGAAGCCAUUUCCAACUUUAAUGCAUUAAUGACCAAAAUGAUGUCCCAUGCAAUUCCUUUUUUUGAGUUGUACCAUGUUCCCGUAUUUAUUAAGGUGUCACGAGUGUUGCCUUUGCAUGUGUUUGUGAUUGGUGUCAUAAGUGGGAAACGACACCCUCACCUUUCUUUGAACACCCUGUAUUGACAGUUGUUCAUAAAAACAUGCUUGUGAUAUGGUGAAACUCGU